AUGUUGCCUGAUCGGACCAUCGACAAAGAUUCUCCCUCCACUCCAGAAGACAAUCAUUCAUCACACCCACACCAACAUGAAGAAGAGUUGGAAGAAUUAGAUGAAGAGUUGAUGGCCUUUGAGUCGAGUAGAAAUGGAGAGGAAGCAUCAUCUUUAACACCUUCCUCUAACCAUUUCAUUAAAAAUUAUAAUGAUGAGUUUUUUAAUCAACAAGAACAACAACAACGAGUGAAGAUGAGUACUCUCUAUGAAACAAUUGAAUAUUAUUUAUUAUAUUCGGAUUAUCGGGUGGAUCAACAAUUGAAAGAAUUGAAUGCUCUUGAACAAGCCUUGAUGAGAGUGCAUCAACAAGAAUCAUCACAGGAAAAUUCUUCAAAAUCAAGAACACAUGAAAGCAAUCGUUCGUUUCAAUCAACAGAUGAACAAUUUCAGCAACAUGCUGUUGGAUCAACUCACAACGCCAUUCAAAAACAAUUAAAACGAGUCCGUAAAAUUAAAACAUUUAUGGAUGAAUAUGGAACGGUGUGCAGAGAUUUUCUGUCUCGAAUCAAACAACAUCCACUGGGUGAAAUUAAUAUUGAUGCAAGUCUCAAAAUAUUGAAUGGAAGAAGGAAUGCUGAUGUGGAAUCAACGACGUCAUCGUCAAAAGAAACGGAUAAUCUUGUAGAAGACAGAUUGGUAUUGCUACAUUCAGCUUUUCACACCAAGUGUGUUCGAAAUCAUUUGCUUCCGUUCAUAAGAAAAUCUCUAUUACUAAAGUCAAAACAAAAUAUUGAGCGAGACAAGCUCUAUGCAAAUAUCCACACGACAGAAGAUCUUUUAUUAUUGUAUCAAUUGAAACAUGGAAUGAAUGAAAAGAUGAGACUUUCCACAGAGUAUAUUCAUGAAAAUGCAGAUAGAAAAUUACAAACUUUCAAACAAGAGGUGGAACAAUGCUAUCAACAAGUGAUCAGCAACAAACAGAAAUAA